AUGACAGGUGUAUCGCACGAGGCUAGUAGUGAUGAUAAGGAGUAUGAAGAACUAACAUCAUUAAUUAGAAGGUCUCUCGAUGGGGCUAGUGAUGCAUCUGUGCACGAGCAAGCCAUCACUCGUAGUUAUAGUUACUUGAUGCAACAUACGUCAACAGAUCAUUGGUUCUGCAACCAACGCUUAUACCCUAUUGCUACGUACUCGUUGAUCCUUUUUUCAUUUCCAAAUAGCUCAUACGGUCCAGAUCUACAACCCAGCAUUGUCAAAUGUCUAUCUACUUGUGAAAAAUGUCUACGUUACUUCAGCAAAGGUAAAGCAGAGUUGAGGUUGAGCUUUGCCAUUAAGCGUAAAAUCCCAAUCAGCAAUGUUCAGAAAUUUUUGGAUACAAUCACAGCAUGGGAAAGUUCCGUGCUAUUGCCAUUGAUAAAAACAUCAUAUUUGAAAAUGGAAUCCACAGGGACAGAUACGGAUGAACUGCUCAAGAUUGCAAUUCAUUGGUGUAUGAAUAAUCCAGACAUUUUAAGACAUUUCAGUGCAAUCAACGAUACAUUUUCGAGCAUUGUUUCAAGAUUGAUUAAACAGCUGGACGAUUGUUUACCAUCAGGUUUGCUUCCCGGUUUAGUUUAUCUACUAUUCGAAGGUACAACUAUUGACAAGUCGUGGGUGCAGCGAUGGAUCAUGAAAUUGAGGCAUAAUCAAGUAGUGUACAACACUGUUAGACUCAAUGAAGCAGUUAUUCAGGAGUUCAGCAUUCACUUGUACCAAAUCCAGGAUCCAUCUUUCUACAGCGACCGAAAUGCGAUCAAGUUUUGGGAAAACUUUAAUGAUCUUGUGGACCUUGUUGACGAUGAUGCAUUUGAAACCAGGGUAAAUCAGCCAAAGGAUAUUGAAGUCAUGAGUCAAUACAAGAAUUUGAGACUUUAUCCAGCGACAAGACUUCUCGCUAAUUGUUUAAUGUCAAGUUUGAAUGAACCACUUCCAAUAUUAUUGAAAGUGUUGGAAAAACUAUUGCGUCGCUUGAAUUCCCGCUUUUGGUCACUAACCGGACCUAUAAAUUACCUGCAAAUAUUGGACUGCAUCAAGUUCAAUCCAGCAUUUUGCAAGCUAUUGCUACAAGCUUCCGUGGACGAGCAUGCACGUACCAAUUGGACAUUGAGCGAUAUGCUACAGUGGAUGUCAAGAAUGGUUGAAUCUGUCCCUCUGUCUGAAAGGGAGAGCGUUUGUUCGAAGUUGGGCGUGUUUUUGUUGAAUUUUUCAUCCACAGAUACAGCAAGUGAUCAAGCAAUGAAAAGACAAACUUACUUGAGAAAUUUUGGUUGCAAGUUAUUCAACAGAGCUUUUGACUUUACCGACGAGGGCGACUUGAGUGAUGCAAAUUAUACAGUGAAGUUGGUGUCAUUUAGACAGUCUAGAGCAAGGAUUGAUUGUGUCAGCGAAGCUUUAGUUGCGCUAGCAGUAAACUCAAAGAGCGAGCAUGCUGUGGAACUUAUUGGCAAAUGUGUUAGGUAUGAUGUUGCUAUUUUGGGCCACAAUAGUGUGUUGUUGCUCGAAUACAAGAUUCCCGUAUUAUUUGACACAUUCCCAUUACUCUGGGAAGCUAUGGCAAAGUCAAGAAUCAAUUCGGAUUCAAAGUUUGCAAAGGAAAUCAUCAAAAGCUUUCAACAAUUGAUUGUAGUGGUGAAGUUUCAUCCUACAAAGGUUGAAGGAGUUAACAAGAAAAUAUCAGCAGCUAAAGAACAGCAUGGAAAAUCUUUGGAAGUGGUCAUAAAAUACGUUAACCUGAUAUUCGGCAACAUCAGUCUUGCCCCUCAAACAGUUUUGAAGGAAAUAAUGGUUGAUUCACACAGUGUCAACGCCGUAUGGUCCUGUAUAUACUCUCCAUUGUUGUCUCAAUCUGCUUUAGAACUAUUGAGCCAAGUCUACGACGGAAGCGGAAGAUUAGAAUGCAUUGAGGAAAGCUUGAGUUGCAAUUUCAAGCUAACCCUAAGUGCGAUCAAUUUCGGCCUUUCCACUUUGACCAAUUUGGAGGCUUUUGAACCAACGCCGAAGGCGGUCAGAAUUACUAUGGAUGUUGUGGAGGCAUUGACUGAUCCAUUGACUUCGAUCUUGUCGUUACCGGAUAUCGAGGGCGCUUACAAGGAAAUUGAAAAAUUUUGGAGUUCUUCUUUGUUGUUCCUUAUUAUGAUCUAUCAGAAAGCGAUGUUUUGGGCUACAAAGUAUCAUAUGCAUGAAUUGGUCGACUUUACUAGGGAUACUUUGGAUUUGAGUAAUCAGUUGUUGGAAUCUUUUCGUCCCUUUUCUGAUGCUAUAAGUCCCUACGCUGACAAGAAAUCGGCGUCAGACUUAUUUGCCGUGUUUAUGGAUGCAUUUCAGUACAUGGUGACAUGGCUCAAAUUGGGAGACACGGCUCUUUUGGACUCGUGUGUGGCUCUUGUGUUUAAAGUAUUUGACUUAGCCAAUGACCGAAACUUUGUCAUGGAGGAUAGUAUAAUUCAAAAGCUUGCAAACUUUGGUGUUAAAGCUAAAAAGUUUAAUAACAAACUAAAAGAGGAGCAACGAAAUGAGAUCAUUUCUCGAGCAAGGUCUGUGAACGAAAGUUUGGUCAACAAAAUAGUCGAGGAGGCUAAUGCCAAAGAAAGUCCGGAUGUUGAAUUUGUGAAAGACGUGUCCCCAACCACUGCAUCCAAAUUCCGAGCAAGUUCAAAACAACAACAAACCUUGGCCAGAUUUGGGCACAUUUCGAAAGAGCCUCCCGUUGCGCCACCACCACCUCCUCCUCCCAAAGAGGUAAAGGGUCUCAAUAGUCUCGAUAAUAUUCGAAAGGAGCUAAACAAUUCUCGUGGUGCUGCCGCCAAAACAGGCAAAGUCCCCAUGCAUGCCCCCGCGCCUCCACGUCCAGCAGGGUUCAAUUCAAAGAAGGCACCUCCGGUUGUUGGUCGGUCUUUGAAUACGCUUAGACAGAAGAAAGUCACGUCUGACUCGUCAGAUGACGAAGAAGAUAUUGACACAAGUGACCUUUUUGUCACCAAAAAGAAAGUUUCAAAAAUUACAGAGGUUGAUUUGAAUGGGAAAGUUAUCAGUCUGAUCGAUCGUAUGCCUCGUAAGAGAGUGCUGGCGGAAAAGCUGGAGAAGGAGAAGAUGAGGUCAAGAUUGAAUGUGGAUCUAAAACCCUUGUACCUCACUAUUUUGCAAUGGAACUACAACUUUAGAAAUGAUUACCCCACAAACGACAAGUCUGCUUACGCCAAGGUGAAAGAAUCUUACAAGGAUGUCAAGGAAUACGUUUCGACGAUGGAGCCAUUGUUUAUGCUUGAAUGCUGGCAACUGAUUCAAGCAGCUAGAGAUACAGCAGACGAGGAUCCCUUUGAAAUUGUGGUUGGGACAAGGACUUCUGUUGACGGCUUUUUUGACGUUUUCACGUCAAUGAGCAAAAAGACAAUUGAAAACAGAAAGUUGACGGAAUCUGACUUGCUCGUGAUUGCAUGUGAUAACGAAUCAGUUAUUCAGACUAAGGAUAGAAGAAAUUACUUGAAAUCUCCCGCGACGCCUUGCUGUUUGGCCAAAAUCAAGGAGAUCAAAUAUGUCAACCCUGAGUAUUCAGAUGUGACUUUGAGAAUUGCCAAGACGUCGCCGAUUGCGGGUUUAUUGACCCCAAAGGGAACAAUUAUUGGAAUGAAGGUGAUUCAGAUGAUAACUGCAGAGAGGGAAUAUUCUUCGUUGCAUGGUUUGCAAUAUUAUGACUUGGUGGAUUCAAUCAUUCUGGCAACUCCCACCAUUCCAAAGAAUGUUGACGACAAAGAUGUCGAACAUACGCAUAAGCUUUAUGAUGUGAAUUUAUCGCAGGCCAGGGCGAUAAUUGGGUCUUACCAAAGUGAGGGAUUUUCGUUAAUUCAAGGACCUCCAGGGACUGGUAAAACAAAGACUAUUUUGGGAAUCGUUGGAUACUCCUUGUCUCAAGGGUCCAACGAGAAAGCCAUUGAGACGCCCUCCAAAUUACCUUCUCCAUCUUCCAAGGGCAAGAUCUUAAUCUGCGCGCCAAGUAACGCUGCUGUUGAUGAAUUGGUGCUCAGGUUGAGGAAUGGAGUUAGGAAUUCAAAAGGAGAGCACAUGCCUUUAAAGGUUGUCAGACUUGGAAGAAGUGAUGCCAUUAAUCCUGCAGUAAAAGACUUGACUUUGGAAGAGUUGGUUGACAAAGAGUUGCAAAGCAAACAACUGGAAGUUGUUACCGAUCCAAAUCUUAGACCCGAGCUUACCAAGAAAACUCAGGAAAAAGACCGAUUGAGAGCACGACUUAAUGACGAAACCAUGGAUAUGAAGGAGAGGGAUCGUGUUCAACAGAAGUUACGUGAGAUCAAUAGAGAGAGAAGUGAACUUGCGAAAAAACUUGACCAGCAGCGUGAGCAAACAUCCAUUGCUUACAGAAACAGGGAAAUUGAUAGAAGAAAUAUCCAGGCAAAAAUAUUGUCCGAAGCAAACAUAUUAUGUGCUACUUUGUCUGGAUCUGCACACGAUUUGGUUGCCAAUUUGUCGGCGACUUUCGAUCAAGUGAUUAUUGAUGAAGCAUGUCAGUGUUUAGAACUGGCUGCCAUUAUUCCGCUCCGAUAUGGGUGUAAAAAGUGUAUCAUGGUUGGUGACCCAAAGCAGUUACCACCAACAGUAUUGUCACAAUCUGCUGCAUCUUUCAAUUAUGAUCAGAGUUUGUUUGUUCGAAUGCAAAAAAACUAUCCCGAAUCAGUAUAUUUGUUGAACACGCAGUACAGGAUGCAUCCUAUGAUAUCAAGAUUUCCAAGCGCUGAGUUUUAUCAAUCCAAAUUGAUUGAUGGACCUGGAAUGGAGGAGAAAAACACACGGCCGUGGCAUCUGGUUGAACCUUUGUCGCCAUAUAGGUUCUUUGAUAUUGUCAGUAGACACGAGAGAAACGAAUUGUCACGUUCGUUUUUCAACACCGAGGAAGCCAAAGUAUGUUUGCAAUUGGUACAGAAAAUGAUGACGAUGAUUCCUCAAGGGGAGAUUGCUGGUAAAAUUGGUAUUAUAUCGCCAUAUAAGGAACAGAUUAGAACUAUCAAAGGGGUGUUUGAACGAGCCUAUGGGAGACUUAUUUUUAAUGAGAUAGAUUUCAAUACUGUGGAUGGGUUCCAGGGACAAGAGAAGGAAAUCAUUAUCAUGUCCUGUGUUCGGGCAAGUUCUAGUGGAAGUGUUGGAUUUUUGAGUGAUAUUCGCCGUAUGAAUGUGGCCCUCACGAGAGCGUGCACAACAUUGUGGAUAUUGGGAAAUAAGUCUUCUUUGGAGAGGGAUACAGUGUGGAAACGAUUGAUACAGGAUGCUGAAAACAGGAAGGCAAUAAGUAAAGCUCAUUCGGGAUUUUUGAGCAACUAUGUUGCUACUUCAUCAUUUAACCCUCUUGAUAAACUUCCAAAAAGACCUCAAAUGGAUGGCCAGCGAUCUGAAAACAAGAAGCAAAAAACUGAUGGCGGUCAGAGCUCAUCGAGGAAAUUGAAUGGAGCCGCACCUGCUCUACCUAAAUAUUCCAGUCCUCACGCAGUGGGCUCUACCAAACACAUAGUUCCGUCAUCCUCGGGAGUUCUUCCUGUUAGACCAGGAGGGACAAGUCCUGCGGUGGUAAAGGAAAGCAAUGUUGCCACGAUUGCCAGUCCAGUCACUGCGAAGCCGCCUGAACGGCAACCGACUAAAUACAAAGUCGUCGAUGGUGGUGGGGGUACCACUGCCAGCCAUGGUCCUCAACCUGCAUUAUCAGGUAACCUUCCAAAACGACCUCUCGACCCCACUUCUUCUGGUGUUGUUCUUCCGCCAAAGCCCAAGACACCCUCCAUGUUUAUCAAAAGGAGACCACCACCGAGACAUUAA